AUGGGCGCCGUCUCCGCGACGGCGGACGUCGUGGUGGCGCUCUUCUCGCUGAUCAUGGCGGUGGCGGCCCCGCUGUUCGACUCCCAGAUCGUGCUCCCGCGCGGCCUCCACCCGGCGCCGCUCGUGGACAUCCACCGCUGGUUCACCGUCGCGUUCGGCCACUACCUCGUCGCCGACCCGCCGCCUUUCUUCCUCGGCCUCGUCUGGCUCGACCUCGCCUUCCUGUGGCCCGUCUGCGUCGCCAACCUCUACGGCAUCCUCGCGCGCCGCCGCUGGUCGGCGGCCACCUCGCUCAUGGCGGGCGUCUACAUGCUCACCUACUUGUCCGCGAUACUCAGCGACAUGUUGGGCUCAGGGAAAACAACGCCGAGGCUGCUCAUGCUCAGCGCCGUUAACUGCUGCAACAUCGGCUGCAUCUUCAGCUCAGAAGAAGAAAGCCUAGAUUGA